UUUCAGAGUAGCAAACAGGAUCGAAGCAUUCUACACUGGAGGAAAAGUCUAUGUAGCAUCAGAUGGCAGCCACAUCUUCUGUACAAAUGGAGAUGAAGUUAAGAUUCUGGAUGCUGUGACAGGGAAGGCUGUUCAUAGCAUCAAAGAUGAGGGUGCGGAUGAAGUGACAUGUUUUGCUGUCACUAAAGAUGAUGAGAUUCUUGCGGUAGCAUACAGGAACUCAUUACUGAAGCAGUGGAACUGGAAAGAUGGUUCAUGUACUAGGACUUGGCAGUCUUUGCACAGAGGUCCAGUGGUGAGUAUGGCCUUUGACUCAACGUCCACCCUCCUGGCUACGGGAAGCAGUGAUAGUACCAUCAAACUCUGGGACAUCGUCCGCCAGUACUGCACCCAUAACCUCAAAGGCUCUCAGGGCGUUGUCAGUCUUGUACAGUUUCAUCCCGACUCUGAGAGACUACAUCUCUUCUCCGUAUCAGACGACAGUCACAUCAGAAUAUGGGAUCUACAGACUAGCAGCUGUCUAUCUGUGUUAGAGACUCAUUAUGGAGCGGUGACCGGUUUGUCUUUCUCUCAAGAUGGUAACACCCUGCUGUCCAGCGGGAGGGACAGCGUAGUGGUCAUCUGGGAUCUAGUCAUGAAUCUGGCAAAGAAAACCAUUCCUGUCUUUGAGCCCUUGGAAACUGUAGUCUUUCUACCAGAAGACAAAGAUUUCCCACACAUAACUCCAAAGAAGGAAAAGAAAGAUUUCUGCUUCUUGACAGCAGGGGCAAAAGGUAUCAUGAAAGUCUGGUCAUCUACUGGUCGGUGCCUGUACGAGCAGCGAGGAAGCCAUUUACAGUCCUUGAAGAAACAGACCUCGGAAGACCAAAAACAACCAGCCAUGAUAACCAGUGCUAUGAUUUGUGAGGCCAUUGGAUGCAUUGCGGUGGUGACAUAUGACCACAACAUCAUUCUCUUUAGGCUGGAGGAUUUGAAACUGGAGAAGCAGUUUGUGGGCUACAGUGAAGAGAUCCUGGAUCUGAAACUAAUGGGGAUGAAUGAGUCUCAUCUUGCAGUGGCAAGUAACAGUGAGCAGAUCAGAAUAUUUGAAUUGAGCUCAGGCAGCUGUCAAAUACUUACUGGGCACACAGAUAUUGUCAUGUCUUUGGAUGUAUUCAAGAAGGGUCUGAUGAUGGUCAGCAGCUCAAAGGAUAACACAGUGCUUAUAUGGCAUAUGGAUGAAGAGAGUUGCUUGGUAACCUGUGUAGCUGUAGGCCUAGGCCACACCCACUCGGUAGGGACAGUAGCUGCUGCCAGAUUGUCCUCCAAAUUCUGUGUAUCUGGUAGUGAGGACUGUACACUAAAGGUAUGGAGAAUACCAGAACAAAGACCAGAAGAAGGAAUCAAGGAACCAGUUCACAUGAAAGUCACCUUUACAGAGAAAGCACAUGACAAGGAUAUCAACUCUGUCUCCCUGUCUCCAAACGACAAACUACUAGCUACAGGGUCCCAGGAUAGAGUAGCCAAGCUGUGGCAUAUGGAUAAGGAAGUACUUCUUGGGUCAUUUAGGGGUCACAAGAGAGGAAUCUGGUGUGUGCAGUUUUCGCCGACAGAUCAGGCUCUUGCAACCAGUUCAGCUGAUGGGAGCAUUAAGAUUUGGGCUCUCUCUGACUUCAGUUGUGUAAAGACCUUUGAAGGGCAUGAUGCCUCUGUUCUGAAAGUGAUAUUCCUGACUAGAGGUAUGCAGCUUUUAUCAAGUGGUUCUGAUGGUCUUCUAAAGCUGUGGACGAUCAAGACCAAUGAAUGUGUGGCCACUCUAGAUGAACAUAGUGAUAAGUUGUGGUCAGUUACUGUUGACCGGUCAGAGCAGAAGGUUGUGACGGCUGGCGCUGAUUCUAACAUACUCAUAUGGGAGGAUGUGACUCAGAUUGAGUAUGAGGAGAAAGCAGAGAAAGAAGAGGAUCAAAUUCUCAAGAAGCAGCAAUUGUCCAACCUGAUGCACUCUAAGAAGUUCACUAAGGCUCUUAGACUGGCCAUCACCCUAGACCAGCCUUUCAAAGCCCUAGGCAUAAUCAGAACAAUACUAGAAGAACCAGAUGGAGAGGCCCAACUUGCAAUCACCAUCACAAAACUGAGGCCUGAUCAAAUAGAAUCUGUGUUGAGGUUUGCCCAGACGUGGAAUAUGAACUCUAAACACUGUCACGUUGCUCAGUGUGUGCUUGGUAUCAUCUUUCGAUCUCAAGACCCUGAUGACCUGGCCAAGUUUCCCGGUGUGAAGGACAUUCUAGAAGGACUCAUGCCAUACACAGAUCGUCACUUCCAGCGUCUAUCUCGGAUGUUACAGCAGGCUAUGUUUGUACAGUACACCUGGCAGGUCAUGCGAAGGGCUUCUGGCUUACAAGAGCUUACAGGUGAACUGGAAGCCACCACGUCUGAUGGAACCAUGGGAAUGGAAGACUUCUUCCUGGACAAAAUAGGAGACAUUACCCAGGAGAAUGAUGAUGAUGAUAGCAGUGAUGAUCAGGAUGGUGGUGAUAAAGAUGAGGAGGAGGAAGUGGUUUGUAAGGAUGUGGAGGAAGAGUCUUCAAGGAUUGUGAAAAGGAAAAGCAAACAUGAAUGGUCCAAUUCUAAGUCCUGUGAAACCCACGUGACAAGAGAUUCAGAUGAUGAUAAUGGUGAGGAGGUGGAAGAGUUGGAGAGGUUUCCAUCUUUGAAAAGGACUGGUGAGAUAAAAAAGGUUGCUUCACAGGACAAAAAUGCUGUUCAGGACUGUGAUGAGGAGAAAGAAAACCAGUCAAGACCUUCAAGAAAGUCGGGAAAGAAGGAAGAGAAAUCAAGGACUAGUUCUGUGAAAAAGACUUUGAGAAAGGAUAGGGAUGGUAAUGAUGAUGAGAAGAAGGAGGAACCUCCUAGCCCAGUGAAACAAGAAACUUUGCAGGUUUCAAAAGAAAAGGCCUCAGCAACACCAGGGAGAGGUUCCAAGAGAAAAUCAACCCUCAAACCUGUUGAAGGUGCAGGGAUAUCCCCCAAGAAGACCACACCAAGUCCUUACAACAAGAGAUUAAGAAAACAGUCAAGAAAAUAGGGUUGAUAUUAUUAAGUUUGUUAUGAUUUUGAAAGAGACAAUUUUUAUCAAAAUUGUUAAUUAUUUUGUUCAUGCACAUGAAAAUAAAUCAUAUUGGUGAACUGAUAAAGAAGAAAUUAUGAACCAGCUUCCCAUGAUUAAUGUACUGGUAAUGUUAUGCUAUCACUUAUUUUGACUUAUUAAAAGUCAUCAAAUUGGCGUUGCCGUCAUGUAGUCAAGAAGGUCGACCUUCUUUGUAUUAAUGAUAAUAAUCUGUUUCUUGUCAAGUUUAAAUCAUUAAAUGGUGAAACAUUCCUAUGUGCUUCCAAAGAGUUUGGGAAGUUAUUACUCUGGCUUAACAUGUAGCUCUGGCAGAGUUAUUAGCACACUGUACAUUUCAAGGAAUAAUCCCAACAGGUACCUCACCUGGGUGGAGGUUAUAUAACGUCUUACCAUAGGAUGUUAAUGUAGCCAUAGACAAUGACACUCUAUGAAGAGGUUUGCACAAGGCUUGCAAACUUAUAGUGAUAGUGCUGUGUGAUUUCUGACACAUAUUAUGCGUAAAAGGUUGAUGGAAAUAAAGGAGGCAAAAGAAUAGACAAGUAAAGCCUUUAUCUUUGUACAUCCAGAUAUAAGAAUAAUGAACCUUAAAGCUUAUCUGCCGUAGUUUACAGGAGGGAUUAGACCGCUCUGCAAGGUCACUGGACAGGUGGUUAUCUCAUCAACUCAGCUCUCAGUUAACAUAAGAAAAAGAGGAUCAUGGGGGACCAAUGGUCACCGAUUAGGCAUUGUUAUAUGGAGGGCGCAAGUAGCAGUGGGCCUUUAAUACGAAACAUUGAAUCAUAAAUAAUUGAGUAUCUAUGAGUUUUUGCUGCCAAUUUGAUACCUUCUGCAUCAUGUAAACAUAGGAGUUAAUCAUGAAAAAUAUUCCAAAUUGAUGUAAAGUGAUGUCUGAAGGAUGGGAAUGGGUUGAAAGUAGCUUUCUAGUGAAAGAAUUUUCAUUUUUAAUUUGGUACAUGUAUUUUGUUAUUGAAGCUCAAAUCACUGUAAAUCUAAUAAAUUCAGAGUCGUACACGCUUCUUUGUGCAGGACAGUGCUAGUAUUAAACCAAAGCUUGGUAAUUUUUCAAUUGAUGUAAUAAUGUAAAUGUGUACACUAAGGAUGAAAAAAUACAAAUUAAAACAAUAAAAAUAGUGAAUU